AGGCCUCUGAAAAUUGGCCUCAGUCGAUCGGUGGUUGUUGGUUGACGUGAGACAACGUCCCAUCCUGCCGCUUACUGCUUGACUGGAUUCAUUGGGGGGGAGCCAUUGGAUUCCUCCAUUCUUGUUGUUGGAGAGGGUUGAAUUCAAUACCUUUCGAAAUCCACCAUCUUGACCGUCGAAUAAAGUGGGAAAUUGUUAUAUUAGUUUGGUGUCCCAAGUUUUCUGUGUGUGUGUGCUAGAUUCCGCCAUUGUGGUGUGUGUGUGUGUUGGGGGCCAACUACCGUGUGGAUUUUAAAUUUUUCUGGUUUUUAAAAGCCACUCGUCUUCCAUUCUGCCACUGGUCGUUCAUUUCGAGUUUUUCGAUUAAAAAGAAAAAGAAGAACCGACCGAAGAAACAACAGGCCCAAAGAUGUGGAAACGGACAGUUUGGAUACGGACGGAUUCGAAUGCGGCGAAUGGACACAAAUGACCUUCGUCUCUACCUGAGAAGCGCCACCACCAGAGAUCCUAUUCCGUUCAAGGGAGUAGGAGGUGGGCUCUAGUGUUAGGAAACAAGACACAGAAGAAGAAGACAACAAAAAAUUGCCUAAAUUCCAAAUUGGGAUAUCACGGAAACAACAACCAACCAACGGUCGUCCUCUCUCUACGCUCAACAACACCCAAAGAAAAAAAAAGCAAAAAUCUUCGCAUCUAUCUCCUUUUUUUGACCAACCAACCGACUCAGACAUGGCCAGCAAAGAGAACGCGGUGGCCCUGGUCGACCCACACCAACUGGCCUCGGUGAUCCGCAGCAGCCGCUUAGACAAGGUGUUAAUUGUAGACAGCCGGAGUUUCCUCGAGUACAACGAUCUUCACAUCCAGGGCGCUGUCAAUGUUUGCUGCUCCAAAUUGGUCAAACGGAGACUCCAGCAAGACAAGGUUUGCGUCCGAGAUUUCCUGCUGCAAAAUUGCCGUUUGGAACGUGGACUGGUCGAGUACGAAAAUGGCGAUGUCAUCGUUUACGACCAGUCAUCUGUCAGCACGGCCUCGGUCAGCCCCGACUCGUUCCUCCACGUCCUGCUCCACAAAUUGAUCCACGUCUUCCGGCGGGUCUUUCUCCUCUCGGGCGGAUUCCUCGAGUUCCAGGCCUGUUACGGCGAUUUGUGCGAGGACAAGUCGCGAUUGCUGCGAUCCUCUUCGUCGACCCUGCACAACAUGACGUCAUUAUCCCAGCCGUGCCUGCCAAUCACCAACGUCGGACCCACCAGGAUCCUCCCGUUUCUCUACCUGGGCUCCCAGCAAGACGCUCACAAUCAGGAACUUCUUUCGGAUUUCAACAUCACGUACGAAGUGAAUGUGAGCACCAACUGCCCCAAACCGGAUUUCAUCCAAGAUAGCCACUUUCUACGAUUGCCAGUCAACGACUCUUAUGGCGAAAAGUUAUUACCUUAUUUCGUUCGAGCUACUCAAUUUAUCGAUAAAGUCCGUGAAACCAACGGUUCAGUGUUGGUCCACUGCCUGGCUGGUAUCUCCCGCUCGCCCACGGUGGCCAUCGCUUACGUCAUGCGCCACUUGCAGAUGACGUUUGACGACGCGUUCCGCUACGUCAAAUCGAAACGCUCGUCCAUUUCGCCCAAUUUCAAUUUCCUCGGCCAACUGCUCGAGUACGAACGGCAAUUGAGGGCGGAGGAGGUGCUGGACUCUAGCGUCGGCGACGUCACCAAUUGCCUGCAGCCGUCGUCGCAACCGAUGACGUCGUCGCGCUGCACGUCGUCGUCCACGACAACGUCGACCAGUCCGGCGCCGGGCAGAGAGCGCUGCCUAUCGCGUUCCAUUUCGCUGUCGCUGUCGCUUAAGACGCCCGCCCUGGAAACGGUUCCGCACAGCUGCAGUCCCAGUCCGUCGUCGGAUCACCUCCUGCAGAAUCCGUUUGGAUUCGCCGAACUGGUCGUCGAUGAAGUUGACGGAUCGACGACGACCACCAAAACUCGCCCGAUUUUGACGGCUGAUCUCUCACCGACCACGGCCCUGUCCCGGCUCUCGUUCGAGGCGCUGGAAGCGGCCGCCGCCGCUUCCGGCCAACUGUCACCCCCGCCGGAAGACUCUGAAAUCAAGGAAACCUCGUCGUCCUCUUAUCUGAUGGUUUCGAGGCGGAAGAACCACACCCGCGAGGAGACGUACCGAUCGCUGCGCCAGCGGAUGUCGAACUCGUCGGUAUCGAGCAGCACGGAAAUGAGUCACAGUUAUUACAGCAGCAAACAAAAGACGGAAACGACCAGCAGUCGCUCCUCCUCCUCGAUGGUCUUGACCGUCAGCCAGAGCCAACGGGUCCAGUCGUCCAGUUCUUCCGUCAGCCCGCUGGCAACAGCCACUCCGGCGGCCGCCACCACCAUUCAAGUACCGACGGCAACGGCCAAUCAAGGCCGGAAUCAUCGAUGGAAACUCUCGCCGAUGGAGCCGUCGUCGCCUUCGUCCCACUGCUCGGAAAUUUCGGUGCAAAUUGAAGAAUCCAAGGCCGCCAAAGGAUCGGCUUCCGUCCAGUCGAAGGAGGAAGCAGCCGAACAAGUUGACAAUAGCGAACAAGUGGACGAGGAAGCGGAGCAAGUUGAAAUCCGCCGACGCGGUCCCAGUUUCCCCCGCCCGCACUCGGAUACCGGCGGCCGGAGUUUCCAUCGCGGCCACCACCACAUCCAUCACCCGUUGCACCACACCCGCUCGGUGCCGAGGCGGCCCAGUUACGCCCCCAGCGAAACUUGUUACUCUCCCAUUUCGGAUGAGAUGCUGAUGCCGCCCACUCCGUCGUCACCUCCACCUCCGUCCAAUAGCAGCAGCAGCAGUUGCAGUAGUCACCACUUGAUGGGUGGUCUACUCAGCCCCCAGGGUAUCUCUAGUAGUAAUAGCGUGAGCGGCGCCUGGGGCGUGGUCAGUCCCGGCCUCUACGCUCGCUCCGACUCUGUCACCACUUCCGGACUGGGAUCGGAAAUAUCCGACAGCGAAAUGGGUCAGUCCAGGGCCGAUUUGGACGCCCUGAGCCUUUGCAGCGGAAUGAGCGGGACGCUGAGAGGCGGAGGCGGAAGCAUCGCCGGAUUGGGGUUUCUCGAAUCCGAAACGGAUUUCUCUUCGCUACCGCCGGAUGACGGAGUCUUCACUGAACCGCUUUUCCUUCCGCCACCUCCUCCCGUUCGGCUGCAACCGCCACCUCGCGGCGGAUCUGCUCGCCCCUCACGUCCGUCUUCACUCCUGGGAAUCACUCCAGCGCGGGAUUUGGAAUGGAAACCAUCGCCGAGUAACAGCAGCGCUAGUGCGGAUUGCAUGACGUCACUGGACACUUCGCCUGGAUUCAAUAUAUUCCCGUCGCUACGCAAAGCCCGUCCCACAUCGCUAUUGAAUCCAUUAGAUCCUUUGGCGUCGUCUGGACCGUCUGCAACGUUGGGAGAUUUAUCCGCACCGACAAGUCUCUCUUCCGGACAAGAUUCCGGCCUACAACCAGGUGAAGAUGAUGUGAUGCCAGACAGUGCAACUGUAUUCCGAUUAUGGCGACAGCGGGAAUUGGAACAGCAAUUAGUUGACAGGUCCAGUGAGUCAACUGUUUCGUUAUCCGCCCGUCGCCGGAGCAGCAAAGAAAUUGUGACGCCGGCCGGCCGACACCAGCCAGCGAUGGCUACCGAGAGUAGCAGCAGCACUUGUAGUAAUAGUAGUAAUAGUAGUUCAACCUCAACUUCGACUACUUCAGUCUCCAGCAAACGGAAAAGCAGUUCGGAGAUUCCUCGUGACGGAGGCGGCGAUGGUGCAGGACCAGGCGGAGGAGGAGGAGCGUCGCCACCGGCUGUUGUAGAGAAACGCCGAUCCGGAACUCGAGAUGUUGUUGGUGAAUCGUUGAUGAUGUAUGGACUUUGCCGCGUCAAAAGCUGCCCCGACAUUGUGGAUCAAAUGAACCAAGAUGGUCUACUACCAACCAACAUCCAUUUGGAAUUGGAACUGAAUAAAACUAACGGUAAAACUAGCGACAGCCAACAACAGACUUUGGUCUUGUUGAGAGUGGCCAGCAGCAGAUCACGCCGCGAUAGUCAAACGCAACGCUAUUCAUGCGGAGCCCUGGAUGGCAAAGUCUUGGUUACGUCGAAUAAUAAUAACAACAGCAAAAUAAUAAAAGAUUCGUCGUCCAACCCGUCACCCUCGCCUUCGGGCUGCGGUUCUAGACACAAUAGCAAUUCCAGUUUGAAUUGCAACAGCUUCUCUGUUAUCGAAGUGUCAUAAUAAAUUGAUAAUUAUGUGUGUGUAAUUAUUUUAAACACUACUUUAUUUUUAGGGUCUGAAAUUUUGUUAGUUUUCACUCUUUGCUAUGUUGUACACCCCCCACCUAACAGGCUGAUAUCAUUGAUACUUUUAUUGAUUUUAUACUUGUACCUUCUAUUUUAAGUGGUUACACAAUGUUGUGCAAUAGGUUAUUUUUAUUAUUGUAGUCCACAUGAAAUGACUUGUUUUCAAAACAUGAUUAUUCUUGUCAUUGUGUAAAUUAUUCUCUUGCCGGAGACAUUUUUCAUGUGUAAAAGUGGCUAGGCUUCAUCAAAAUAAAUAUUGGAAAAUAUUA